AUGAUGGAUCGUCUUCCUCGAGAAGUCAUCGUCAACAUACUAUCCAAGCUUCCCUUAACAUCUUUGCUGAAUUCAAAGCUGGUUUGUCGAGCCUGGCGAACCCUAAUACAAGACCCAUUUCUUAUCAGCAAGCACUCGGAUGAGGCUGACGGCAAUGAUCCGAGCUUCAUCUUGGAAAGCAAUUGGCCUAUCCCCGGCCAACGCUUCUUCAUAGAUUUCUCCGAUCAUGGUGAAGGAAAAGUGAUCUCAAAGAAGCUCCCCGGUUUUCAUACGUCCAUGCAUCUGGGUUUACGUCGAGCUCCCCAAACCGGUCAAUCAUCCCACGCUGGUGGGGCAUUUGGGUUUCGGUUUUCAUCGGAACACGAAACGAUACAAGGUGGUCCAGAUAGUGGUUCAACGAAGAUUGCGGAGAAAAACAGCUUGUGUUCAAUCGGAGGUUCAGAUUCUAACCAUCGGGACCCCUUGUUGGAGAAAUCUAGGGACCGUACCUUAUCAUUUUAUCCAUCGAUAUCAAAGGCAUUCGUCAAUGGCAGGCUCCAUUGGCUUACGAGGCCGAACAAGUACACCAAAGCUAGCUUGCUUAUAUCGUUUGAUCUCGAAACCGAGCAGUUCCGGGAAGUUCCGAAAGCCGACUGUUGUUGCGCUUCCGAUAGGUGUUUUCGUCAACUGACUGUCGUACGAGGUUCUCUGUCGGCCGGUGCGUUUCACGGUGACGAUGAACGAUUCGAAAUUUGGGUUAUGAAGGAAUAUGGUGUGAAGGAGUCUUGGAUCAAAGAGUUUAGCAUCGGAACUCACUUGCCCCCGACGUUAAUGGCGCAACGAGAGAUUCGACACUUGAGGUAUUCGAACCCUAAUUUACUAGUUCGAGUUCUGUGCGUGCUGAAAAGCGGCGAGAUCUUGUUGGAGUACUUAAGCAGCGCUCUUGUUCUUUAUGAUCCUCAGUAUGGGACGUUCAAGGAGUUUAGGUUUCUGGAAAUGCCUAGUUGCUUCAAAAUAGUUAUUCAUGUCGGAAGCUUAAGUUGGCUCCACAGUUAA